GCAACAUGGCUUCAAUAUUGCACGAUAUGUGCUUUACUUCAUGAAUGAAUUUAAAGUCUUAGAAACCUUUGUUUUAUCCUGUACCUCCCUCCUUAGAUGCAAUGUUGUGAUCUAUGGCUUUUUGCAGAAUAAUAAUCCCAAGCCGAGCAAAUUUUGCUCGAAACGGUCAAAGUGUGUUGACGUGCUACACAGCUAGUUAUUCACAGAGAUUCCCUCAUAUUUUAUGGUCAAGGACCUUGGGUUCUACUGUAAUCGAAAGAAAGGCAUUACCUAACAAGAAACACUGUGAUCYCAUCAACAGGAAUAWAAAUAGCACUUCAAAAUAUCAAAAUGGAGAUUGGUUAUUUAGUGGAGGUCUGACUAAAAGUGAACUACAUCAACUUAGCAGAUUAUCACAGUUUCAUUUAGAUAGAAGAAAAAAUUACAAUACCUAUUGUACUUUGAAUGAUACACGCCCACGUCAUAUUCACYCCAAUUACAGCCUAAGUUAUGCCACUACCCAGCAGUUACAUAAUAUUGUAACUAGCAGAUCUUAUCGGACCUUCUCUCCACAUCAUCUAAGUUUAAAACAAAGCCCUUUAUACAAUGUAAUAAGGACUUUCAAAGGUUCAUCAAGCAACGAUGAACCAGCUAAAGUCGCCAAGUCUAAAGAAGUUCUCCGUGCWGAAGAAAAAUCCAGGGUUGAYGAAGCUGUGGAAGCUAUAAAAGAAAAGAAGCAGAAAGURAAGGACAAGGCUCUUGAGUUUGGUUGUAGUCCUGAAGAUUUAGAGCCAAAGGUCCCAGAAGUUGUAGCCAAGAAGACGCUAUGGGAAAGAUUUAAACUUGAGGUUGUUCACUACUAUAAUGGAUUUAAACUGUUGUAUUUUGAAGUUAGAAUUGCCAUGAGACAUUUAUGGCAGAUUAUGAAUGGAAAGUCAUUGACAAGAAGYGAAAGGAGACAGUUUUUGCGUACAGCYGCAGAUCUGUUCAGAUUGGUACCAUUCCUGGUAUUCCUGGUCAUUCCAUUCAUGGAGUUCUUACUCCCUGUGGUUGUCAAAGUCUUUCCCAACAUGCUUCCCAGCACAUUUGAAGAUAAAUCAAAGAAGGAGGAAGCCACACGAAAGAAGCUGAAAGUCAAAAUUGAAAUGGCCAAAUUCUUGCAAGAUACAGUAGAAGAAAUGGCAGUUACUGCAAAGCAAUCAAAAACACAAAAAUCUGUGGUUGAAUUUGCUACWUUCUUUGAAAAGAUCCGUACAAGGGGGGAGCAGCCAAGCAAUGAAGACAURAUUAGGUUUUCUAAACUCUUUGAGGAUGAGAUAACACUUGAUAACAUGAGCAGAGGUCAGCUGAAAGCCAUCAACAGACUGUUGUCUUUGCAGACUAUUGGUACUGAUAACUACCUCAGCUUCCAGCUAAGAAUGAGGCUACGUCAGCUGAAAAUGGACGAUCUUAUGAUCCAAAAAGAAGGUGUCGAUGCCUUAUCAGGACAAGAGUUGCAAUCGGCAUGUCAGGCAAGGGGAAUGAGGGCCAUUGGUGUACCUGAAGCAAGACUACGAUCACAGCUAAAACAGUGGUUGGAGUUACAUCUUCAAGAGCAAGUUCCCAUCUCACUGCUUCUUAUGUCAAGAGCACUCUACCUACCGGAGAAUGUCAGCUCAGUUGAUAAACUAAAGGAGACUCUUUCUCAGCUUCCUGAAACACUGGUUGUUGAAACAGAGAUCAAAGUUGCUGAAGUGUCUGGUGAAGAAGUAGACAACAAACGACGUCUAGAAAUCUUGAAGAAGGAAGAAGAGUCCAUAGCUGCUGAGAAAGAAGCAGUAAAACAGAAAGAGAUGGAAGAAAUGGAAAAACGAAAAAGGGCUGAAGCUGAAGCUGCUGAAAUCCUUGUGGAUCGUGCAGAAGUCAUUCUCGAGGAUGAAGGCAUCUCAAAGGCAGAUUGGAUUACACUAAAGGGWGGCAUAUCAAACGAACGUGAUGUCUUGACCAAGAUUAAAGAAGACCGAGAAGAAUUUAGAGAGGAAUUGAAAGAGUUGGAAUUAGAAGAUGAAGAUAAUGCUUUGUCUGAGUCAUUGGGAUCAUCACGCCUUGGUAAAAAGCUCGAUAACAUGAUUACACAGAUUGAAGCAAGACUCAAACAGCUUGAAGAGGAAUUGAUUGAAAGACCAGAUGCUUUAAGGAUUGAUGCUGAUGGUGACGGUAAAAUCACAACAGACGAACUGAUAACUGCAAUCCGUAAAUUACAACAUGCACCAAGUGAAGAGAAAUGCAGAAAACUGGCAGACAUGCUUGACCAGGACAAGGAUGGAAACCUAGACCUUGAUGAUGUUGAAACGGUCCUUGAAUUGCUGUGCAUAGAGGAUGUUGACUUGACAUCAGAACAAGUUGCRGAAAUUGUUGCCUUGAUUAAAAGAGAGAAUGAUGCAAAAGAUCAAGCAACCAAAAAUACUAAAAAUAUAAUGGAUAAUGAACCCAAAAUGUCCCAAGAAUCUCAGUAAAUAUAACUGAAUAAUGAUGUAAYCCUUUUCUGAAAUAAUAUAUCGCAGUGCAUUCUGGUGUAGUUUGGGUACAAAUGCCUUGUGCUCAUCAAACCAAAUAUGGUAUUAUUUGUACCAAUGUUAGACCACAAUGCACCAUGUUUACUUAUUUAAAUAUGUAAAUUUUGGUGAACUUGUUUAUUUUAAUGGCAACACAAUAUUAUUAUAAGAUGUGUGAAGUAUGUAAUAAUAUAAAAUGACUUCUAAGUAAUUAAUUGGAAUAUGAUUUAGAGUGUUUGUAAUAAAUCUUAAAUAUAUCCUUGCCAUUUCUGUUUGAUCACUUGAGUGAGCAAAGUUUUGCACUACUUUCCGGUACUACAUUAAGUCAUAGUUAGUUAUUAACUAUGAUUAAGUUAAAAAAAACCAGAUAGAUAUUACACCAAUACACCUCAUUUACUCUCAAUUAUUUUCUUGUAUUUGACUAUCACACUUUAAUAGRCAAAUUUUGUUCACAGCUUCAUUGACCUUGCUCUACUAAACAGUCUUAAUUGGACCACAGAAAUCUACAUAAUUUAGCAGUAUUUGUGGUUUUUAUGUUGCAUAAUUUUAGUUUGUAUUCUACUGUACAUAAAUACAAAUGAUAUUCAAUGCUGCAAAUGACAUGCAAAAGGACAGUUUUGGUUGAAUGCUCAUGAACUAUAAAUUGACACUUGAAUGUGAUGACAAAAGAUGUAUGAAGGUUUAAAACAACUUUACUUUCUUCCUGUGCYUUCAGURUUCUUGUUCUCAGCUUUAUGGGAAGGAGAAAYAAAACUUUUUCUUUAUUCUUUCCAGUAUUUCCUUGAACCACCACAUGCUGGUCUAAGGAGUGAGAGAUUCCUCGUGGGACCUCACUGAUGUACAAGUAUUCCAUUGUGUUUAGGUUGAUUAAAAUUA